GCGGUAUGGUAUCGUUCGCCCGUGAUACACUUCAGUCGCGUUGGUGGCUGUAUGCGAUUUGACGUAUUCCGCGCGCGGGGAUGACACUUGUCAGCUUAAUUUAUGAAAUGUCAAACGUUUUACAUGUAAUGCGCGAGUGAACGGUAAACAAAUUAAAGAGUGUAAUUAAUAUUUAUGCAGUGUUUUUUUUAAGAGUGAAAUGGACUGUUAUUACUCGAAGUUUUAUCCAAGGCGUAAGUGACAAAUGGAAAAUUUACUGCGGUGAUCGUUUCACUCAUGAUGCAUCCAGCGGGGUACUACGCGAAUCUCGCGAGCGGCGCGCUCGCAGCCGGCACCAUUGCGUCUCCGUGGAGCACGGCGGCCGGCGCGCCCGACACCAACGGAUCGGGCGGCGCUGACGCCAAGCACCUCGAUGUCGGCGAAGCCAGUGAUGACGAAAAGGAUUUAUCGGCGGCGGACGCGGAGGGAGUCUGGUCUCCUGACAUUGAACAGAGCUUCCAGGAGGCCCUUGCGAUAUACCCUCCGUGCGGCAGGCGAAAGAUCAUCCUCUCCGAUGAGGGCAAGAUGUACGGACGAAAUGAACUUAUAGCAAGAUACAUAAAACUUAGGACGGGGAAGACGCGCACAAGGAAACAAGUAUCAUCACACAUACAGGUGCUAGCUAGGCGGAAACUCCGCGAAAUUCAGGCCAAACUCAAAGUGGACGGUGGUGUGAUGAAAGAAAAGGCGAUGCAGUCUAUGAGCACGCUGUCUAGCGCACAGAUAGUGGCGGGAUUGCCGCACCCGGCGUACCAUCACACGCAAUUUUGGCAGCCAGGCUUACAAGCGGGAACAUCACAAGACGUGAAGCCGUUCCCCAGCGCGGGCUACAAGGGCGUCCCCGGCGUGGGCGGCGUGGGCGUGGCGGGCGGCGCGGACGUGGCGCCGCCGCCGCCGUGGGAGGGCCGCGCCAUCGCCACGCACAAGCUGCGCCUCGUGGAGUUCUCGGCCUUCGUGGAGCACCCGCGGGACCCCGACACGUACCCGCCCAGCGCGUCCCCGGCGCAGCACCUGUUCGUGCACAUCGGCGGCUCCGUCACCUACGCGGACCCGCUGCUGGAGUCAGUCGAUGUGCAGCAGAUAAACGACAAAUUCCCGGAGAAGAAAGGCGGUCUAAAGGAACUCUAUGAGAAGGGACCUCGAAACGCGUUCUUCUUAGUUAAAUUUUGGGCAGACCUUAAUACAAAUAACUUGGAUGACCCGGGGGCCUUCUAUGGGGUUACGAGUGUUUACGAGAGCAACGAGAACAUGACAAUAACGUGCAGCACGAAGGUGUGCUCGUUCGGGAAGCAGGUGGUGGAGAAGGUGGAGACGGAAUACGCUCGCUUUGAGGGGGGGCGCUUUGUGUACCGCAUACAGAGGUCGCCCAUGUGCGAGUACAUGGUCAACUUCAUACACAAGUUGAAGCAUCUCCCGGAGAAGUACAUGAUGAACAGCGUGCUGGAGAACUUCACCAUCUUACAGGUGGUGUCGAACAGAGAUACUCAGGAGACGCUACUGUGCGCCGCCUUCGUGUUCGAGGUGUCCAACAGCGAGCACGGCGCGCAGCACCACAUCUACCGCCUCGUCAAAGACUGAACGCCCCCCCACUCCCCCCUCGCCCGCGGGGGGGCUGCAGUAACCCACUAGUAAAGCUUACGAGAACUACAUGACCCGAUGUGCAGAAUUAGUUUGAUCCGUUUUAAAUUUAUUUUUAAAAAGUACAUUAUCAUCUGACAUCAUAUCCGACUAAACAUAUAGUGUGUUAUGUGUUUUUAUUUCUGAAAAAACUAAAAUUUUCGAGCUGAUUUUUAAUCUAUUGAUACUUUCUAGAUUAUUCUACAUUUGAUGUACAAAUAGUUCUGUGUGUCGGGUCGUGUGAGGUAGUCGGUAUUCGAUAGUAUCCCGAGUGGUGGACCCGGUGUACGAAGCGUCAGUGGUGACUCGUGCGACGCAGGUCUUUGCAAUAUGAGAAGUGUCAAUAUGAACGGACAAACGGACAAUGUUAUUGAGUUAAAAAAAUCGUUAUACAUAUUAUAGUGAUGCGAAUCAGCAAAAAUGUGAUCUGAAAAUUACGCUACAAGUAUUUUUGUAAAUGAAAAUUUAUGUAUAGCUCAAUUUUUAAUAUCUAUCAUAGAGUUAUAAUACUUUAUACUUUAUACCCGGUAUCGAAGGGAGAUUAUCGUUUUAAAUUUUAACUCUAUAUAUAUAUAUAUAUAUAUAUUUUUAAGGUUUUCGGUUGUAAAAUGUUUUUUCGUCCAACACUUUCACAGAAUAUCAUUAUCUAUUACCUGAACGCGUGUAAAAAAUAACGUUUUAAGAAAAAAAAUAUAGAUUUGAAUACACACAGUGCCUCUAUAAUUAUGUUACAUUAACAUAAAUGAGCGUAUUUGGUUCUUUCAUUGUGACAUUGAAUCUAAAUGUAUUAAGGAUCGGACACACCUCCGUGAUAGUGUUGACCGAAUGUGCGAACCAAUCAUAACAUGUAAUACUGCUAUUCAAUGGCAGUUAUGCGUUUUGAAGGACACUUUUGGUGGGUAACAUUAAUACUACGUAAUUACUGGCACAAAACAUAUUCGAUCCCGUACUUAGACAUUGAAAGUAUUACUGAACCGAAUCAAAGUUUCAAGGACUAAAUCAAAAUGUAUAAAAUACUUUAUUCAACAUAAAAACAUUACACUCUAUUUUUUUUUUUUUUUUUUUCAGCCUUUUGCCGUCCACUGCUGGACGAAAGCCUCCCCCAUAGAACGCCAACCAUCCCGAUCUUGGGCAGUCCGCAUCCAUCCCGAACCUGCCACCUUUUUUAAAUCGUCGGCCCAUCUUGUCACAGGGCGUCCUACACUACGUUUGCCUAAGCGUGGUCUCCACUCCAACACGUGUCGGCUCCAUCGGCCAUCAAUGCGCCUGGAGACAUGACCAGCCCACUUCCACUUCAGCGAGCUAAUUCUAAGCGCGAUGUCGGUGACUUUAGUUCUCUGGCGAAUGUCCUCAUUUCGGAUUCUAUCUGCCA